AACUUUCCAUUUGAAUUUUUUCAAAACAUGGUAUUUAUUCGUUAAAAUCAUACUAUUUAAGGCAUAUAUUUAAAUGGGGGGAAAUGCAAUGCUGUUUUGUGUCGUAUUUAGCGUGUGUGCUUAAGUUUUAAGAGUGAUGUUUCUUGGCGAGGGCCUUUUAUUCUGACACACGUCGCAAACAACCUUAAUUUACACCCAUGUCACCCCAGUUUUCCGUUAUUGUUUUUUCGAAACAAUUGUUCACAAUGUUUUACUUUCAAGGAGUGGCGAAAAUGUAAAUAUUAUUUUCAGAUAUAUUUUUUGUUUGUUUGAGUAAACGCUAUAUGGUGUGGAAUUUCUCGCGCAUUCAGGAUUAAAACUAUUUUUUAACGUUGAUUGGCUUUUAUUUUGACACGUGCCAAAGCAAAAACCGCUCAUCUCAGUCAACCCGAAUGUUGGCUCAGCUUUCGGAACUCACUUUCAGCGGGAUUAUCUACAUUGAUUUGAUGGUGUUGUGAGAAUCCAAAUCAGAAAUGGACGCCAGCGGCGUUUACGUGCGGGAAAGAGGCAAACUGCGUCGUAUCGGCGACACCGUGCUAAACCCCGUGGCCUCCUCGCCUUCAUCUUGUCGGCGGACCAACGCGCUGGUGCUUCGGAAGAAACACUUCGUGUUCACAUACAACGCGGAGGGCAGCUUGCGCUACAGCAGCAAGUCGCUGUUCGACAUUGCUCUGCUCUUCGUGGCCGGCAACGUGCACCACGUGGACUCACUGGUGGGCUUUCCCGAGCAGAUAGGUGACAGACUGUUCGCGGCGGCCGAGAAGAACCGUGUCUUCUUGAAGCCGGACGUCUCCCCCAAAGCCCUUCGACUCUUUAGCGAUGCCUACGGAGAUAUGGUGCUUGGCUCCCUCUGCCUCAGGAACAGAUUUCCUCUACUGAGUGAGCGCAUGGCUGACAUCAAGACCUUCCACAGUUUGAAGUGUUUGGACCUGUUUGGCUGUCGACUGGGCGACAACCACGAGAUAUUCCAGCACCUGACGUCCACCUCGUUGGCGAGCUGCUUAAUUCAGCUCUUCAUCGGCGGCAACGGUCUGUCUGAUGAAGGCCUGCAACGACUAACUGCACCUGUGAGGAUGAUGAGGAAAGGACUGGACUGUCUUCAGUGCCUUGAUGUUUCAUACAAUCCUAUUUCUGAGAGGGCUCUCCACUACUUGAAGUGUCUCCCAAAGCUUGAAAAACUGGAUGUAACUGGAACUGGCAUGACGCAGUUUGGCACCAGGCUUAAGUUGACCAUGUGGGAGCUGCUGAGCCUUACUUAUUCCGAGAAAGCGUUGCAUGUCUUUGACCACUCUGGUUGUAAAACACAAGGAUGGGCAGAGCAGGUGGUAAACCAAUGGGAAACUAAUGGAGCACAAAUGCCCAAACAGAAGAGACUUGAUGAGUCAAGAAUAUCAGCUCUUCGCUUUUUUGGUAGACAGAAGUUCGUCCGAGAGGUGUUGAAUGCAGCACCGUUAUCUCACAACAGAGAUGCAACAGCACAGGAAGAUCAGCGUCUGCACUUUUACAAACCUCCAGCCAGCAGUGCCACAGAUGCUCCUUCCACUGACAUUACUUUCUGGACCUCAGCUAACAAAAGGAAGCGGCCGUCUGAAAAGUGUUGCGACGGUGUGAAUGCGAGCCUGCCGGUGAAACGUGUAUCCUCAACCGCGUUGACCGCUGAGGACAUGGACUUGUUGGACCAAUACUGAGAUGUGCCUGCACUUGGAUUGUAUAAUUGUUUUGUUCAAUAAUGUUUUAUAAAUAAAGAUGUUGGUUAAUUAAGAUACUUUUUAAUU